AGGGUGGCGCUUAAGAACCCUUGAGCCAGGCACAGCACUGCGGCAAGCGCUCACGCCCUCAGGCUCCGGAGGCGCAUGCUCAGUGAGGCAAGCCCGGAGGCGCAUGCGUAGUUGAGUGGCCUUUCUCCGUUUGGGUGGAAGGGGCGGACCGAAGGAAACCCGGAAGCGGAAACGCUGCGGGGAAAACCGCUUUUCCCUUCCGUUAGGCGGAUUCCCCUUCCCCGUCUCUGUUUCCGGCGCAGAGCGAGAGCUGCGGGCCCCGGAGUGUUGGGUUAUAACCGCCGCUCGCCUGUGUCCCCUCCCGUGGCAGAGCGAGAGCCGGCCGGAGAAGGCUCCCUCCCCGCGACCUGAUUCGCGCUGCCCCGCCUGCCCCUCUCCGUGUGGGUGCUGGGCCCUCGCCGCUCCCGCGUCUCUGUCAGGCGGCCGCGAUGUCUGACAAGGAGUUUAUGUGGGCCCUCAAAAAUGGAGACCUGGAUGAGGUGAAGGACUAUGUGGCUAAGGGUGAAGAUGUCAACCGAACGCUGGAAGGUGGGAGGAAACCUCUUCACUAUGCAGCGGAUUGUGGGCAGCUUGAGAUUCUGGAAUUUCUGCUACUAAAAGGAGCUGAUAUUAAUGCUCCAGAUAAACAUCACAUAACACCACUUCUAUCAGCAGUUUAUGAGGGUCAUGUCACUUGUGUGAAAUUGCUUCUGUCAAAGGGUGCUGAUAUGACUGUGAAAGGCCCAGAUGGACUAACUGCCUUUGAAGCCACUGACAACCAGGCAAUCAAAGUUCUUCUUCAGUGAUGGAUGGACUGAUAUAACUGUCUUUUCUGUGGCCUCACACUGCUGCCUGUCUUUAACUCUUUGUAUCUUCCAGCUUCUUCAGCUAAAUACUUUGGGGGGGAGGGGAAUUCUCAAUGAAUCAAACUAACUAGGGGUCUCAAUCAAAACGAUAAUCCGUUUGGAGAGAAUGGAAAUCAGUAUAAUCAGUGUCCUUCAGGAUUUGUUUCAUGCACAAUCUUUUUUCCAUUUCUAGUGAAAACAAACUUCUUCUGCAGGAGGGAGAAAGAACAUGCACUUAAAAAUUGGGUUGUAGGCCUCCCUGAUCAAUUCUAUUAAGUUUUGUGUUGAAAGAUCAAUGUAGACAAAAGUACUGUAUUAAGUACUCUAAAACGCUAACUAAGAGGCAGUAGUCCAAUGCUGUUAGUGUCUGCCAUGAUAUAAAAUGUAGUAAUUGAGGCAUUUGGGUUGCUUGUAUCUUGAUAGCUAUAUCCUUCUGCUUUAAAGCAUAUGUUGAAAUACUGAAGACUUCUGAUACUAGUUAAAGGAGCUAUCUCCACCUUGACUAAUCAGAUGCCACACUAACCUUUUUUUGACUCCUUGUAAAUCAGGAAAGAUCAGUUUAGGCAAGACCUUGUUAUAUUCCAAAAGGCCUGCCAAGGUACCUUUUGGAGGAUUGAACUUCAGGAUUUCCCUCCCCCACCCCCAAUGUGUUCUAGUCCAGAACUGACCAAUCUAACUUAAAAUAUUUUGGGGUCUGAUAAGAAAUGUCACUGCAGUUUACCCUUUUGGGUUGUCAGAUGGAAUUUCCUCAUUUACCAUGUCAAUUUAAACAAUAUAGGCACAUAUGGUGAAAGCUCCAGGCCCUCUGGUACGCAAGAAGAAUUUCUCUGCUACCUUAAAUGAUUUAAACUUAGUGCUGCUGGUAAUUAUUUAGAUGUUCUCACUAGAAACGAAUAUCAGAGUUGCUAAAUGUUUUUUGCUAUAGUUUCAAAAAAAUAGUUCUAUGAAGAGCUUUUCUAUAUCCUACUGUCAGGAAAAGGAAGACUUAAAUGCAGUUUCACUGAAAUCUGUAACUACCACCAGAGAAAAAGUAAGAUUUUUUUUUUUUAAUGAAUUUCCUAAGAUUCUUCAUCAACUGGCUGAAAAGGCACUUUUUUAAUGUCAGGACUUCAUGGAGAGCAACGGGCUUCUUCUGAAGCUCCUGUUGCAUUACUACAGCAUGUAUGAUCCCACAAAUAUGUUUAAAUUUCAUCUGGAAGUUAAUGUACUAGUAAAUAUUACAGCAGUAGAACUGAUAACUAAUGGAAGCAGAUUUAAGAUUAUAACAAGGGAUUCCCACCCCAUUCCACCCAUGAAAGUCUGAGCUUUUGAUUUUCAUGUUUAAUUUGCAUUAGACACAUACCAGCUCACCCAAACAAUUCACAGUACCGUUUUUUUAAAGGCAUACAUUAUAUAAAAGAAUAUAUUUACUUUUGGGAUGUCAGUAUAUGCUGCUUUCAGGCAUUAUGGUAACGUAAAAAAUGUGCAUCGUGUUUAAUGCAGAGUAUGUUUAAACAAAACAAGGAAAUCUUAUUUUGAUUUCCCAUAUCUGGAAUUGAGGUGAUGUCAGGAGGGUGAGCAAUACAAUAUUUGGUGAUUGCCAUCCAGAUAAAUAUAUACUGAGACAUUUUGGGUUCAUAUUUUAACCAUGUUGCUAUACUGUUGCAAAUGAACUUCAAUUAUAAACAACCCUGUAUUUAGAAUGUAAAUGAGAACAAACCGAGUUAUACAUAUGCAGCAUCCCCACAGGAUAAAAAAAAAAAUCAGGAAUACAGUCAUUCUGGCCAAUGAGAAACUGUAGUGAGCCAUUAUUGAUGGGUUUCUUGGAUUUAUGGGAGGUAUGGAUGGCAAAGAAGAGUGGAAAGAUUAGAAAUGUUUUAAAAACUGUAAUCAAUCACUGAGUAACUGAUAAAUGAAUGAGCACAUUUGACUAGCUGUUCUUUAAUAAGCCUUUUAAAAUAAAGAACUCUGUAAUCUAUCUCUAAUCAAUACUGGACUAUCAUCUCAUUACGAUAGUGUGGACUCUGAAUACAAAUUCUGACUUUCUGUAAGAUAUCACUGAAGUAAUUAGUUCUAUAUUGGCAUAAACUAGUCGCUACUUAUGCUAUUAAAAUACUAGUCCAAAUUGCAGUUUUCUGAAAUCUUUUUUU